AGCGGGAAAAGGGGGUCAAUAAUUAUGACGGACCAGCAUGGCGACAAAAACAUAGCUAAUGCAAAACAAGCGACAUGAAUGUGUGUAAUUAACCUGUUAUUACUUCAGUUUCUCGUUCGUGAAUGUUCACACUGAAUAGAGACAUUUGUACCAGUCCUUCUCGGUGUCUGUGACGACAUAUUCAGUCACUUUAAGGACAGAAACGUCACAGCAACGUGAGCUGGUUGUCGUCAUUAAGAGCCGCUGGUUAACAGGUAGCUCAUCAUGUGGGGGGAAAUCGUCGAGCCUCCGGUUAAAACACAACCGAGUUUGUGUGACAGUGAAGAUAAAAGUGAAUUACCAGAAGAACCGGUGACACGGUCCCAGAUAUGCGACUUCCACCGCCCAGCAGACAGAGACACCCUGCAGCCGAGACCAGACAUCCAGUUCGUGAGCAAGGCGGAGUCCAUCUGUGUGAACGCCAUGGUGGAGGCCGUGGCCAUGAGUGGAAGUAUGGUGAAGAGCCAGCAGAAAGGAGAUGCUGAGCUGAGCCUGCUGCAGCGCAGAGAGGAGCUGCUGCAUCAGUACAGCAGCAGACCGCUGGUGUUCCUGGAGAGGUACCAUGCCUGCCUCAAGCCCCGGGACCUGUCAGCGUUUGCCCACGUCAGCUCAGACCCACGGGCUCUUCACUACAGCAAUGUGAUAGAGAGACGAGCGGCAGCCUUCACUAACAGAACAAGAGUUCGAAACCAGCGCUACGCUGCCCUCAGGGCCCUGCAGACGGAGGGAGAGUAUUUCAGUGAGGAACAGAUGCGGACGAGGGAGCCGCUGCUGUAUGAACAAUAUAUUGGCCAGUACCUGACUGAUGAGGAGGUGCUGGAGCGCUCCCAAGAGGCCAUGCAGGACGAUGCACAGGGGGGACCGGGGGCGCCGGCGGGAGGCGCAGGAGGGCUCGCCCACCUCCUCCUCAACUCCUACCAGGAGCGUCUCAUCCAGAAUCGGCUGCAGGAGGAGCAGGAGAGAGAGGAGGGAGCACGGGAGGAGGAGGAUGAGGACGAUGACGAUGCUGUCCAGCAGAAGGAACGGCAGCCCACCCCAGAGGAGAAGGCUCUGCUCAGGGAGGAGUUCAUCAGUCAGAUGCACCAGCGCUUCCUAGAUGGCAAAGACAAAGAUUUCAACUACAGCGAGGUGGACGAGAACCCCGACUACGACAACUUGGACAUAGUCAGCAGAGACGCGGAGGAUAAAUACUUUGAUGAAGACGACGAUGAUGAUGAUGAUGAUGAGGAGGUGGAAAAUGAUGAAGAAGAAGAAGAACAUAUGACAGAAUAG